GACGUAUGACUCUCGUAGAGACAGGAGCCGGAAUGCGUUGUGUUGACCCCCCCCUACUGGACCGCUCUGUUUUUGGUUGUUCCUCUAGCUAUCUAUGAUUCUCUUAAAGGAGCCGCUUGGCUUCCAGAGUUGCGGGGUCCCGAGAUGUUACUUACGGUGAAGGCGCUCCAGGGCCGGGAAUGCAGCCUCCAGGUCUCCCCUGAUGAGCGCAUCUCCUCUCUCAAGCGUAUGGUCUCAGAAAAGCUGAAUGUCCCAGUCUCUCAGCAGCGCUUACUUUUCAAAGGCAAAGCUCUGGCAGAUGAACACCGUUUGUCCGAUUACUCUAUUGGACCCGAGUCAAAGCUUAACCUUGUGAUCAAGCCUUUGGAGAAGGCAUCACCUGAGGAUCCUAACAGCAGAGCUGGCUUCCCACAGACUUCAACCAUCUGGCACAUGCUGGCCCAAAUUCUGAGCAGGCAUUACAGUGUGACGGAUACUGAGAAAGUGCUGGAGCAGAUGCAGAAGGAUUAUGAGCGGAGCCUUCGAUUGCUGAGUCUAGAUGACAUAGAGCGUUUAGCCACACGCUUGCUUCAUCCUGAAGUAGCUGAGGCUGUGGAAAUGGGUUUUUUGGAUUAGCUGCUGAACUGGAGAACUGAGCCCUCUUCAUCACUUUGGACAGUAAACCCCUGGGCAGGGCCCAGUUUGGGACCUAAUGCGAGUGAUCUCUCUGGACUGCUGUUAAAGGAUCAUGAAGCAUAUGUAACUUCUCCCCAUCAAUUAAAAGUGAUGAUAGGUGAGAUUAAUCUGUUCUGUCUAGUAUGUUCAACAGAAGUGGGAGAGUGGCAUUCUUUAGAGAAAAUUUGCAGUUGAUGAUGGCUUUGUUUAUAUUUGAAUUUUUUGUUUAACCCCAAAGCCUGGUUGCGUCUAAUAGAUUCCUUUUUAUUGUUUUAUUCAAAGGCUUUUUUGACAAUAAAGUUCACGGGAGGUUACAAGCAGGAAAUCAAAUCUGAAUAAUACAAAUUUGAAUUAUGACUUUUCAAAAUUUUAACAUUGAUACUCUCCAGAAUGACUACGUAAAUUUUGAUAAUGUAUGAGCUAAUUCUGAGUCCCCUGUUUAAUCAGCAUUGUUAGAUAAGAAAACCUUUGUCAAAUAUUUUAGAUUGCUAAAUGUUUCAAGAAACAAGACAACUGAAUGUUAAUCAGAUGGCUAAGCAGUGUUUACUGGCAGAGUUCUGCAUAUAUUCUGUAUGCUUAAUAUUUCUUAGGUAGAUCAAUUGAGUCCUUGUAGCAGUGUAUUCAACUGCAAUCCAGAGCACACCUAAAUUUACUGGUUCAUUGCCCAAAGCACUCUUCCCCAAAUUAAAUGCAAUCCAGAUGUGUGAGGGGGGUUUCAACUUCCAGAAUUCCCAAUCAACAUCAGGAGAGCUCCUAAUUUGGGAAGGCUGGGCUCAGGCGCUGUUAGAAUAAGGCAGCAGAUGUCCCCAGAGAGGCAGAUCUACUGCCUUGGCUAAAAGCAAUCCCUCUCUACCUAAGCCCUCUCCACUUUACCUGGCAGUAUUUUUUAUUGCAGAUCCUGAAAAGGGGUAGAGUUACAAAUUGAUCAUGAGCCAUACAGAGGAGGAUUGUGUCUAUGACCCCUAUGGAUGUAUCCCUGAGUUAUACAAGAACAGGAUUUGGUUAAGUAAUUCUUGACUCCAGUGAAAGAAGAAAAGCAAAAGAUCUCCUACCAAAUUUCUUUGUGUUGUUUUCUUAUUCUUAUGGAGAUGGGUUAAAUGAACAGACAAAAGUAUGGUAUCCAGCGUUCCAUGAAAAUGUGAUUAUAAUUGCUCUGUAAAUCAUUGAUAAAUCAACCUCACUUUUA